AUGCAGCACCAGGGCAUUCAGAUCAAUGCCUAUGAUGAUGACUACGAUGACGAGGAGAGUCACCAGGACGGAUACAGCGCUCUCUUGAAUGGGGGUCAGGAUACUCCUCGACCCUCGAUAGAUCUGCUUCGUCCGCCGGAGGAAGAUGCUAGGUCGGUAAAUCUUUGA